GACUUCAAUGAAAAGGGAACUGCUAUCUAUAUUCCAUAGUGUAUGUUGUUCUGUAUCAGUGUAAUAAUAUUACAUAUUAUGUUAGCUAUAUAGGCGCUUCAGCGGUGGUUGCUCGUAAGUCGUUAAGUCGUAAGUUCGUUUCUUCGUUUGUCGUUACUUUAUGUCAUAUCAGUUGUAUACUUGUAUGUCGUUUCCAAUAAAUUUCCGUUCUCCUGGCACCAAUUAAUUUUCAUUCCGAUUCGCUUGUUUUAGUCCGAGCUUGCUGCUUGAAAUUUAAAUAUUAUCAAAUGACAAAUGCUAUACGUUUUAUGAUUUAUAGUAUAAGUAAUCAGUAAUCACUCAUUCGUAUUGAAUAUUAUGUAUUUAUGUGAUAUUAUUAAGCCUAAGCCGAUAAUAAUUUCAGCCAUAGACAUGUUAAACGAGUUAUUAACGUUUUGAAUACAUUAAUGUCAUUUUGGUCCUUAAGACAUUAUUUUUACUGCUAUGACUGGAUUUUUCUUGUUCAAAGUGAUACCUAAUUUAACAUUCACAACCAGUUAACGGCCAUUUGGAUCAUGGCCAUACAUCCGUGUCCGUAUGAAGAUUGCACUUCUACAUUCAGUCGUCCAUACCGUUUACAAAUUCAUAUUCAACGACAUCAAGGCAUCAAACAAUUUCAAUGCACCCAAUGCGAUCGCGGUUACCAUCGACGUCAGCACUUGCAGAGACAUUUUGCCGAGGCUCAUCAAAAUCAUUCGAGAUUAGAACAACCGUUGUUUUGUGAUCACUGUGACCGACCGUUUAACACAGCAUGGGGUCUCCGCAGACAUCAAGCCAAAAUAAAGACACCUAAAGUACGCAAUAGACCGUACAGCUGUGAGACUUGUGGCCGAAGGUUUUUCAACAUCGAUAAUCUCCAAGUCCAUUCAUUUAAACACAAACGUUUCAAAUGUGACAUCCCAUCAUGUACACUGUCUGAACACAAAUUCAGUUGGUCAUUUUAUCAACGACACUUGGCCACUCACCACUCUGAACCUUUUGAGUGUCAUCAUUGUAACGAACAAUUUAUUCUUAAGUCUCAAAUAAAACUGCAUGUUAAACAACACAUGCCCAACUAUGUUUGUACACAGCCAGGAUGUGGUAAAACAUUUGCUGAGUAUAGGUAUAUGUACAAUCAUGUUCAAAUGUGUCACAAAGAAAGAACACACAAAUGCAGUGUCAUAGGAUGUGAUUGGGUAUUUACUCGAAAAAGUCGUUUAGAAAAUCAUAUUAAAGUCCAUCAACAAAAUGGGAGAAUUGUUCCAAUGGCAAAAAGAUAUAGAAAAAAAGAAACAACAUAUAUAAUGGCAAACAAGCUGGCCACAUUGGCCUUAAAAAUCAAUUAAAAUUUUAAAUUAUAUUUAUUUACAUGUAUUAAUUAUGUAUGAAUAUAAAAAUACUAAUCAAAAAGUUUUG